UUGGAGUAUAAUUGCUUUACAAUGGUGUGUCAGUUUCUGCUUUAUAACAAAGUGAAUCAGUUAUAUGGAUUUCAUUUUAAGAGCUGUUGGACACCACUGACGGCUUUUGAGCGAGUUGGGCUGUGAAGUGGGUCCUCUGGUCGCCUGUGGAGAGCACCUCCUGGGUGGGAGGUGGGGUGCGAGUGGAGCUGGCAACGCGAGUCCAGCUAGUAGAGGCUCCCGCGUGGUCCAGGAGAGAGGCUGGGGGCGGGGAGCUAGAGCUGACAGUCCGCUGGUGGUGGGCCUGGGGGAAGCCGACUCCCAGCCUCUGGCCUCAGGAGCUGGCUUGGUUUGCGUACCGGGGAGGCGAGAGGGAGAGAAGGAGGUGUGGCUGGGCCCCAGGGGCAGAGCUUUCCGGUGGGGCUGCAGCGGCUUCGCUUUCAGAGCAUCAGGCCCUACGGCCCCGGCAAGGAGGAAGCUCUCUGCAGACGCGGCCCGGCAGGCCCGGCAGAAGCCACAGGCCCUGGAGGAAGUGAGCUUCUUGCCCCUGCGGGGCCCCCGCCGACCUAGGGAACCCGGAAGCUGUUUUGGUUUGGAAUCCGGGGACCACUGUUCGCGCUCCGUGGUCUUCGUUUCCUGGCGUGGAGGAAGCAGCCAGGCGCAGGGCCCAGAGAGGACAGGCCUGCCGUCCCCCAACCCCGCGCCCGCAGGAGCUCCUGGUCUGCAGAUGUCACCCAUCGGGCCGGCAAGGCAGUGAUGGAGCCGGAGUCUCUCUACAACCUGCUGCAGCUCCCCGGGAGGGUGGACCAAGCGGCCGGGGUGACACUCUCACAAGGAGAAAAGAAGAAGUUCCUGCCACCCACUUCCAGGAAGGAUCCCAAACUUGAAGAACUGCAAAAGGUGCUGACGGAGUGGAUCAAUGCUAAGCUCCUGCCCGAGCACAUCGUGGUCCGCAGCCUGGAGGAGGAUAUUUUCGAUGGGCUCAUCCUGCACCACCUUUUCCAGAAGCUGACUGGAGUCAAGCUGGACGUGGAGGAAAUCGCCUUGACCGCGGCUAGCCAGAGACGCAAGCUCGCCGUGGUCCUGGAGGCCGCCGGCCAGAGCCUGCAGGUGGAGGAGCCGCAGGCCCAGUGGAGCGUGGAGAGCAUCUUCAACAAGGACCUGCUGGCCACCCUGCAUCUCCUCGUGGCCCUGGCCAAGUGCUUCCAGCCGGACCUGUCCCUCCCGACCAAUGUCAAGGUGGAGGUGAUCAUCAUGGAGAGCACCAAGAGUGGCCUGAAAUCGGAGAUGUCGGUGGAGCAACUCACUGAGAGCAGCACAGACAAGGACCAACCUUCGAAGGACGUCUUUGAUGAAUUAUUUAAGCUGGCUCCGGAGAAAGUGAACGCUGUGAAAGAGGCCAUAGUGAACUUCGUCAACCAGAAGCUGGACCGCCUGGGCCUGUCCGUGCAGAAUCUGGACACCCAGUUUGCAGAUGGAGUCAUCUUACUCUUGCUGAUUGGACAACUGGAAGGCUUCUUCCUGCACUUGAAGGAAUUCUAUCUCACUCCCAAAUCUCCUGCGGAAAUGCUACACAACGUCACCCUGGCCCUGGAGCUGCUGAAAGAUGAAGACCUUCUCAAUCACCCCGUGAGCCCCGAAGACAUCGUGAACAAGGACACCAAGAGCACGCUGCGAGUCCUCUACGGCCUGUUUCGCAAGCACAAGCUGAAAGAAAGCACGGACGGGGAGCCCCUGGAAUCCCCCAAUUAACCGUCACAGCCCCCAAAAUCUGCUUCUCAGAGCCUGCCUGCCAGCCCCAGCUGGAGGUCCCGAGGGCCGCAGAGGGAUCUCCUCACCGUCCAGCCAGCCCCUGGGCCUCCCACUCUUACCCUGUGUGUCUGCGGCACGCCCCAGCCCCCCCUUCCCUCUCUGCUCUUUCCAUCUGUCUGAAUAUCUUUGAACUCACUAAGCGUGGAUUCGUUCUGAGCCAACCUCUGGCCUCGCUCAGUUUCUUUUAACAAAUGUAUUUCUGGGAGGGAUUUGGGGAGCCUGCCGUUGUCCUGGGAAGGGCCCCGCUAAAUGUACAUGAAUAUGAGCUGACCCCCCGCUCCGCACGCAGCCUCUCUCCCCACAGGGUGGGUGUGGGAGGGACUCUUGUCCCUGAGGCCACCCCUGGGGUAGCCGAGAGCCCAGCGGUGCUGACCUUCACUGGGGCCGAGGGUCCCGCCCUGGAGCAGGACCGCCCCUCAGGUGUCAGGGUUGACCUGACGGCGGAGACCCGCCUGCCCACACUCAGCUACUGCAGCCCGCCUGCCUCUCGAGUCGGGUGAUGGCCCCAGCAUCCCCCUCCAGAGGCAGGAGGCCUAAGUGGCUCCAAAACCAGGCCGCUGUGCCCCUCGGGAAAGUCAGUUCAGUUACUUUGCAGAGGAACCGUGGCCCAGGCCCAGCCCUAUGGCCGCGAUGGUGAGCUUUGCCCAAAAGUCACAGAGAAGACGUCUUUGUGGCUGAUGAGUGGGUCAGAUCGUCUCCUAGUCGGUCCGCAAGGAGCUGCUGCGUGUGUGUGUGCGCGCGUGUGUGUGUGUGUCUGUCUGUCUGUCUCUGUCUCUCUCCAGCGAGACUCAGCACUUGCUGCAUACAUUUCUCAAAGCAAAGUCCCUGUGGAAGGAUUGAACAGGGAUUCCCAGAGCUGACAUCAGAUGGGCACCAGC